AUGGAUGUGGAGAGGAGGUAUGCACCUUCUGCGAUUCGGGAGAUCUAUUGUGAUAAAGCCCGUGAGUUCAUAUCGACCUGCAAGAAAGUCGGCAUAUCUGUGAAGCACUCCACCCCGGGAAUGCCUCGAACUAAUGCCAUUGCCGAGAGCAAGGUGAAGCUUGUCCUUCAUGGCGCACGUGUGGCGCUACGACAAGCGGGAUUGAGCGCCAAAUUCUGGCCUUAUGCAUGCAAGCACUUCUGCCAUGCUCGCAACAUCGAGUUGCGCGAGGGUCAGAGUGCCUAUGCGAUGCGAUUUGAUGGUGUUGAGUUUGACGGUCAGAUUCUGCCGUUUGGUUGCCUUGUUGACUUCUAUCCUACGCCGGCACGAAAGCAGACCCGGCGGAGUCAGAGAGAUGAAGUUGUCCUCGGCGAUGGUGAGGAGUACGCCGUACCUGCGCCUGGGGCCGACGGACUGAUUGAUGUCGAAAUUGGUUUCGAUGACGAUGGUUAUUUAGAGUGGAUUGAUGACGGAGACAAUGAUCAAUCUAGCACUCUUCAGGGCGCCGACGUUGAUCAACGCUUGUCGUCUUACCAACGCCCCGGUAAGUUCUCCCCUACGAGUAAGCCUGGUAUUUUUCUGGGUUAUCAUUUUGAGAACGGGGGCAAGUGGGACGGUGACUACAUUGUCGCCGAUUUGGAAGACUUCAAACGCGAUGCAUUGCGUGCGAGCGUCCAUCAAGUCAAGAAGAUAUACUGCUCACCCAAGGAGCGAUGGACGUUCCCGAUGCUCGCUGUGUAUGACAAGCAGACUCGAUCAAUGUGCAUCAACGAUCCUGCGAUGCAAUCCUGUGCGCCUCAAUCUAGUGAGCGCCUUGACGCCUCUGAUAUGCUCGAACUCGAAGAUAUCGAUGAAAUAUUUGCCCUCGACGAGCCGACCCGAAUGACCGAAGAAGAUGUUCGGCGGGCUCGUGAGGCCGAGUUACGAGCCGAAUCUUCUCAUGGAGGAGGUGUCGAUUACUGGGAAUAUGAUCCAUCGAGUCAUAAGUGGACUUAUCACGUAGUCGUCCCGAGAAAGGCGAUGAUUCAUCCCAGUAAGACUCCCGGAUCUCUUGGCGAGUCGCCUGAUCCGUGGAAGCUGAGCGCAGUGCGUAUUUCGCAUGUUCGGUAUAAGGAUAAAAGCCCGGUUACGAUCUACGAAACCGGCUAUGCCUUCGGCAAGACGAGACUGAUGCAACUCUGGACAGGCACUGUCGAAUUCUUUGAUGAUGGCUUUGCCCCAUCCAAGAAGAAGUUACCUCCUUACCAUGGGUCGGAGAUCCUGGAGGGCGAGGGGGGUUUGCCUUACCGUCAGAGUGUGCCGCGCUCCGAGCGUGUCUACAGAGGGUCUCGAAAACCGAACUCUAUCGACUCCGAAUCCUGGCGCAGCAUGAAUCGCGCCGAACGGGAGGGGUAUGUCGAGGCUGAGCGCCGAGAAGCUGAGUCUCACGCCAUGUCCCGAGAGGAUUCUCGCGAUGCCGCUCCUGUCGACAUCGCUUUCGAUUCCGAAUAUGAGUCGGGUGCUGAACGGCAUGAUAAGGAUUAUUGGUAUCACGAUGUCGCAGCUGGCACGGUCACCCGAUUUCAUGUGAUCGAGCGCCGAGCGCGCUUUAAUCCCACCUCAGUGAAGGACUGUCCUGUCGAUCCUGCGACCUUGACAGAUGUCAGGAUGACUAUGGCCAUGACCGAUGGCACAGAAUUUACGUUGCAGGAUUCAUGGAGAUCAUCCGAUGUGCGAUCUCUGCCAUGUCGAUGGACAGGAAAGACCGUUUUCGUUUUCGGUUCUUCUGCCCAAACACAGAUCAAGGUUCGAACCAGUCUGCCGAAUAACGACGGAACAGAGCGCCGAGUGCAAACGGCGAACGGCUAUUAUGGCCACGCAUUACGUGCGAAGGGACGUGUUGUAGUCCCUGCUAAAUCCCGCGCCUGUGUUGUUACCGACCUUGAAUUCGAUCCCCCAAGCGGCAUGUCGGCCCGCCUUCAGCCGCUUCGCGGUAGUGGCCUCGAUAUUUGUCCGGCCAUGUAUACGUACAACGAAGGGGCCACCCAAUCCGGGGUCGACGUCCUUAAUCCUACCGACACCGAUCUUAUUGUCGAACCAGGACAGGAUGUGGCAGUGGUUCAGUUUUAUACUUCCGUGCUAGCCGCAGUUGAACUUGAUUUCACGGAUGAGGAUACCGGGGAUGGUACUUCUGCACCGGUCGAGCCCUCCAACGACUGUCUGGAUACCGAUGCAGCACCUGCGAUGUCCAUUCGUUCCGAUCCUCAUUCGCAUCGCUCUCCAGACUCUUCGGUGUUCUUUUACAGCGCGUGUGUCGCACGGCCUGUUGAUCGAAAAGAACGUGAACCCAAGAAGGCAUUUCCCGAGCUCACUUUUGGCGAUCGUGACACUACUGUCGCUCAGGGCUCUGUCGGUCCUUGCGAAAUCCGAAUGAUCAAGUACGAUAUGCGAUCGUUCAUGGAGCAAUGUGUCUCUCGCUAUGUUGAGCUCUGUGGUCCGAAAUACAAAGCCACCUUGCGGUCGGCUGACACGCCGUUUCUCGAUGAGUCACGACCGGAGUUCGAUACUAAUCCGGAUCGUCCCGAGGUGAACCGCUUGUUGGGCCAUCCCACCGAUACGCCUAUACCUCCUGGUAAGGGCGUUCUCGGUGACUGCGCUGCCGCUGUCCUGAUGAAAAUCUUGUAUGGUGCUCGCAUGGGGCGACACGAUCCCAUCCGUCCUGUGCAGGCACUUGCUAGUCUCAUCACCAAGUGGGAUGGUUUGUGUGACAAGAAGCUCCAUCGAUUGGUGUGUUAUAUCAAUUCCACCCUCGAUCUCAAUUUAUAUGGUUGGAUUGGUGAUGCGCCCGAGAUGUUAGCUGGUGAUAUCCUGACCAAGGCCUGCACUGAUGCCAAAGUGUGGGGAAAGAACAAGCAGCCACCGAAGAAGGCUGCCGCCAAGACACCGGCUGCCCGAUCACCUCAGCCGAAAUCUCCCUCGCCUUGCGGGGAAGGCCUUCCGAGCGGCCCGAUUGCGCCGACUACGGAAAGGCCUCCUGCUCCGCCGAUCCCUACGGAGCAGGAUGACGCCAACAUGGGCGCCGAUGAAGCCCCAGUCCCGAUUCAGACCCCGAGAGAUGAGUCUACUGGGGGUGGGAAGCGCUCCGAGGACGUUCCGAUAGGAUUGAGGAUGAAAGCAAUGAUGCUGAAGAUUGGGGUCCAAGAGAUCCCACAGGCCUCAAUCUGGCAGCGCCUCGAACAGCUGGCAUGCAACUCUCGUUUCGACCAAAAGCUGCAUCAGCUAGUUGACUCCUUCCUCCUCUCUAAUCAUCCGCUUGCGGAUAAGCAGAGGAAGCAGUACCCCCGAGAGUUUAUGGACUUCAUCGAUCGAUACAGGGUGAUGUGCGCUCUUGCAUUUUCCCGAGUGGCAACGUUGUCCGGUGAUGCCGCAGGGGUCCGCGAGAAAAUGGACCUUACGAUGGCACUGGCUCGCCACUGUAUGCACUUCCAAGCGCAAACCUUUAAGGGGUCGCGAGAGACACUGAGCAACGAUACGCUCCGCCUCAUGGGAACCUGUUACAUUCCGUCGCCUCUUGCGAGUUGGAAUCGAAAUCUCAUGGGAUACAGCAGUUCGUCUGCGGAACAGCGAUGGUUGAGGACCGAUACGAGUAUCAAGCACAACGACCUCACCAAGCUGUCGCCCAUUGAGUUGUCAAGGGAUGUGGUCAACCCGGCUGAAGCUGCGAAGUUCUUCAAGGGAUUUCUGCAGCUCAGGCCGACACUUUCUUUCAUCCCUGGAGCGUUUCUGGCAAUCAAGGCCCUUAACCGAUUUCCCACGCUGAAUUCUCUGAAAGAGCAAGCGACUCACCUCGAGAAUGAUCGCAAGGAACACGGCUACGAUCUCCCUGCCGUGGAUGCGAACGGGAUUGGUGAAGUGGCCGCCUUUCGCAACGAAGACGACGAUGAAAAUAACCCGCUGAUGCGCGGGUGGGCCUCGUUCAUGAAUGCGAUGGCUGAGGCCUACCCCGGGCGAUGCGUCGGCAUCGAUGAUACGCUCAAUUGGGGAGCCAGCACCCAAAUGACCUACGAGGACGGUGCGUCACAGAUCACCAUCCGCCCGACUGACGGAUGGGUGUAUGUCCCAGCGAUGAACUCGGACAUAUACGAUCCUCAGGAAACGUACCUCCACGGAACGAAUCUCCGAUACCUCUGGUCGAUUCUUGCUCACGGAGGCUUGUUCGGAGAGGAUUACGUGACGGACGAUCAUGGAAGUCACGAACCCUGCGUCUGGGUGACUGGACACGCCCCCGAGGCUGCCGGUAGCUAUGCAUCUGGCACGUACCUCGGCGGAGGCUACUGGUUCCAGGUGAUGAUCUGCGUCUCCCGAACUAUGGUGAACAGCCACAGUCGCACGACGAAGAAGCUGGGGGGAUCCCAGAAACAGAUCCGCGUAGGAACUCGAUUUCUCGAGCUGUGCGGAAUCGCGUUCAGGCCCUUCCGCCUCUUGGAUGACCGCGAGCAAGGGGUUUCUACUUCCCCGAACUACGUCAUCCACGGACACCGAUUCCUCAGUGCCGAUGGGACGAAAGCCGUGGCCUGGCACCCGUGGAUGGAGGCGAGCCCGAUCGAUCCUCGCAUUCUGAAGCUGCUGGGAGACAGUGUCGCGCGCGACAAUGUUGAGUUUGCCGACCUAACGAUUCAGGGGGGCAACACUACCCAACAGGCUGCAUCUACCGAGACGGAGCAGCCUGUGGCGACCGCGGCCGAUGAUCAGGCUGCGGCGAGUGGUGGUGAGGCAACGGAGCGAAUCACCGUCAACCCGAUAGUGCUUCGACGCAAUCACUGGAUGCCCGACUCGUACGGGACGAGUGAGCAAGCCACUGUCGGUGGAAGGUAUGCAUUGCUAUCCGAGCUCCAGUCCUCUAGCUACCGAAUCGAGCUGGCUCCUUUCUUUCAGUCGCGUGCACCCAUGCUGGGUGAGGAAGGCAGCCAAGGCUUGCCAAAGCCUACAAAGCUCGAGACAAUAGCCGGAGGACCCUCCAAAGAGUGGGAGGCAUGGUGCAGGCACUACCGAAAGGCAUACGGUGCUCUGCUCGGCAACUUCGGCUACACGUCCGCCAAGAACAUCAAGGGUAUCGUAUACGAUGAAGAAAAUACGACGGAUAUCAUUGGCGCGCCUAUUUGGAGCCCAGCCGAUGCCCUUGUGGCUGUCUCGAUUCACGGGAUCAGAACGGUCACGACCAUGGCAUCCACGAUUGCAUUUGGAGGUGCUCCGCCAACGAUCAAGCCGGCAGUACCCAGCAAGCCGCAGAGAUUCGUUGUCAUGCACGAUGGCCUGCUAACCUUCAGAUCUGCCAAAUCCUGGCACGCUGGUGAGAUGAACACCCAUCUGAAGAACGCGCUGGCAAGCUUUGGAUUCCCUGAGUCCGAAGUUCGGGUACAGGCGUUUGAUGAGGGCGAAAAGCUCAAGGAGUUGGUAGACACUCUCGAGCUGAUGCAGAGUGACCCAUCUGUCCCGCCAUCGAACGUUCACAUCCUCAUCCUCUGGAAAGGAGACGAGUUGUGGAAGAUGGACCAAGGCUGGAAUAAGCUGACUGGUGACAUCGAUAUGGCACGAUCACAAUAUGCCAAAGUGACCGCCCGGGACGCCCUUGAGAAGUAUAACACGAUCUACGGAUCGGUGUCCCUUUGCGGACCAGUGUCACCGAGCAUGGGUUUCCUUCCGACUCUUCCUGGCCCUCUCUUCGAGAAAUACAGAGAGGAGAUGAGGUCGAUCUGGGACGAAAUCAGGAGGUCCAACUUCCUUUCCCUGUCGUUUGACGCUAUCCUGGAAGGACUACCAUACCUGAAAGGAUAUCACAUCAUGCAUGAGUCCAAAACGAUCGGGGUCCUGUGUACCCGUAUCUGCUCGAUGUUUACACUUGCGGCUCUCGCACGAUUUCCGUCUUACGCUACACGACGGGAGUAUCAGAUUGCCCACGAUAAGAUGUGGGCGCGCACUCCAGUUCCGGAGGAAAGGUCGACUGGCACGGUGAAGGCCAUUGUGCACUCCACAGUGCAGGACCUUAUCGAAGGGGCAGAUCGCGGCGCCGAUCAUCGAGCCGCAAAGACCGUUGACAUGAGUCAGCUUGGCUUCGAUGACGAAGAUGAAGAAGAGAUGGCUGACGAUGCAGGUCCGACUGCUCCUGAGAAUCCGAUCAAGCAGGAACAGACGUCUUUGGCUGAUCUGUCGGGUAUUCGUCAUCCGGAUCCGAUUGAGCUGUUCGCUAUUCCUGUGCAUGGCCAGGCAAUGCCGGUGUCGCCCGGCCUUGCUCCGGCUGCUGCGAACGAUGAAGAGUCUAGCGAUAGCUCCGAUGGCGACGGACAGCAAGGGGAUGGCGAUGCAGCGAUGCCUGCGGUCAAGAAAGAGGAAUCCGAUGAGGAGUUUAAUGAGCUUCUCGAAGGAAUGACUGAAGCAUUCGAGAACUUGCCUAUUCCCCGGGAUGCAGAGCGAACAGUCGCCGCCAAUCGGGACGCUGCACGACCACCUGCCGUGCCGGCGAUCCCGCUAUCUGCGAUGAAGAAGCCAAAGCCGUUCAGUGGUGUGGAAGCCGCGGGACCUACUGCCGAGGGUCGCCAAGGCUAUGCGCACUUCGAGAGCCAAGUCAGUGAAGCUGAGGCUCGACGUGAACAGGCUGCUAAAAUGAAGGCGCAUAUCGCGGAAGUGGCGAAGGGCGCCACGGGAGUUGAGAAUGCCGAACACCUCCGAUCCAUUGCCGAUGGGCUAGCCAGGGUCAUGGACCCGAACAUCAACGAUGACAAUGUGUUCCAGGGUGCCAUGUAUCCUCCGGGUGACUAUGCGCUUGACGCUGUCACGAACCGGCUGGCCCAGGGCCGACGCCGAGUUGAGUCGAACAGCAAUCUCAUCAGGGAGAUGGCCAGCGACCGAUUUACGCCUGUGCUCAUCAACCGAGAUACUGGUGAGACUGUGUCCGCCAUUGAUGCACGGUGGACCCCGGAGUAUGGAAACAGGGGGGAGCUCGAAGCUAAGGUUGGUGCGAUUAUCUCCAACCUGGAUGCAGUUGUUGCAAGCAUGUCGACCCUCCCUGUGUUCCAUCCGCACAUUCCCUCAACGUAUGGUAUGGCCCGAUCGCUUCUCAACACAUACCAGUCAUUGCAGAUUGCCAUCCGACACCGCGGCAUGGGUGCGAUGUCCUUUGAACAGAUGGUGUUCAAGCCUGAGGACCUUGAGGUUCCGACUCCCGAUGACUGGCCGGACCUCAUUGCGCCUACCCCUGGAAAAGUCAUUCAAUCCAUGCGGGUGGCCCUGGUGAAUAACACGGCGGCAAGGUUGACGAGAGAGGACCUCAAGCUGCCACCGGGCUUCGCCAUGCAACGACGAGUGACUGAGUUCCGUAAGCCGGAGGAAGAUCCGGUGCAGAGCCUGAUGGGGCUCACCGAUGACCUGAGCUACGGCACUACUGGUCGAUCUGGGGAUGACAGAUUGUCCCAGUUCCAGCGUAGUAUGGCAGUACAGCUGCGGAACACUGCUGGAUUCCUUGCGAGUGAGUUCCAGAAGCAUGCCCGAUCUAUUGCCGCUUCUUCCUCGCGUCGCAGUGAUGCUUCAGGUGCCCUGAGUAGUCAGGGUGAAGGCGUGGCGGACAACGAUCUUCCGUCCACUGAACAGGUUAGUGUUGCAUCUGAGCGCGCGACUGCGCCGCCUCCGCCAAACGUGGCUCCUCCUCCUCCGCCUACUGCGGCAGCACCUCCGAGGGCGUCCGAAGAGAGUGCAAAGGAGGAUGACGAUGAUACCAAAAUGAAUGAUGACACGGCCGGUCAGAAACCCGAGCAGAAACCCGAGGAGGACGCAGAUAUGGGUAGCGGGAAGGAGCUGCAAGACGAGGUCCCCGGCAAGGCCCCGCCGCCAGCUGCCCGAACCGCUGAGAACCCUCCGGAACACGGCCUGCGUUCCAGUCCUCCGAAUGACAUGGUUGCUCAGGGAGCCGCGCUCUCCGGUGCUCGAGGGCCGGACACCGACAUUGACCCGGCCAGCACCACAGCCGAUCAGGCGGCAAAUGAUCCGAGAAACUUCCGGAUCGAGGGCCCUGGUAUCAAGGCGACAACGAUUCAUCGCCCUGACCAGAUGCCCGAGAGGGGUGUCGACUCUAUUGCACCGAUUGUGCAGUAUGAGAUGACGUCCGUCCCGAUUGCACUGACUGACUUCGUCGUCCCGGGACUCGACAUGGGCAUCGAUGAUUCCGUCCAUGGUCGGCUGGUCUCCGCGACCUGUCUCCCACCGACUGACGAACAGCGCAAGUAUUCGAGGCGCCGAUUCGCUAUGCUGUCCUCGAAUCAGACGGUGUACUUGAACGUCGCACUUCACAAGAAACCGGUAAAAGGAGAUCACGAUUCUUUCCUCCGACCGGAAUCUUACGAAGACUGCCGCGAGAUCCAUGACGCUGUCCGAGCAUACAAUGCUAAGGAGGCAAAGUUCCGAUCCGUCGGCGGAACAUCCGUGUCGUGCAGCCGAUUGUUGAUCGACGACGCACAAAACAUCCCUGUUGCCAGGAUUCCGGACGCAGGAAUGAUCAACUUGGUGCGGAAACUGCUGUUCCGAGUGCUGACGCAAACGAAGGAGUAUCCUUCCGCUACUGCCGAGAGAACGCAGAAUCGCCCCCAGGAUCAAGAAAGAGGCAUUCCCUUGUAUUCACGCUUCGACCAGAGUGGCAUUAUCGCUUUCGAUGUCAUUCCGAUGUACAUGGAGCGUGAGAGGGAAUACAUGAAGGCCAACGCCGGAGAGAACGAUGGCCGAAUUCUUCUCCAGACAAAUAUUCUGGAUGAGCGAGGCGAACCGACCGAGGUCACUACCCGAUGCAUUAUGGAGAUCGCUCGGACGGACAACAACCGAAUGUUUGGGUUCUUCUACUCGACGAUCGACAACGAUGGAAGUCCUCAAUUUGUCGGCAUUCGAGCCACCUACGGUUUCGGCCCUGAUAACUUCAACCGAUUCCGACUGCUGACCAAGUGCCAGCACGGGCCAUUUAUCCAGCUCGCUCAGGAUCAUUACGUCGCUGGCGAGAGGAAAAGAAAUGUGGCCCGAUACCAUCCUCAGUAUGGAUGGGGAUGCGCAACGAUUCGCGAAUUCUUCGGGUACAUGAGCGAUUGCAAGCUCAAUCCUCCGAAAGGACGGCUGUUCCUCACUCUGCUCCCGUAUGCUCCCGGAUCUGGGAACAACAAUGAGUGGGAAGAGGUGUACAUGAACGUCCGAAUGAACCCGGGGCGUGAGACGCUUUCGAACACCGCGUCAUCACAAUCCAUGCUCCCUGAAGGGAUGGGAUCCAACCGCAUGAUCGUGUUUGCGAUUGAUUUGCACAUGAUUGCGGCGGGAAUCAAUCCGAUUGUAUUCCACCCGAGGGGAUAUUAUGCGAUCAAAGACAGUAUCCCUCUCGCCUGUAUGCCCAUUGCAUACUUCAUGGACACGGGAUCCCUCGUGUUCAACACGGCCUUCAAAUAUGUUGGAGGCCCAAAGUUCGGCACUGGCCCCAAGAGAGGAGACCACAAACGAGAACGUGGCCGCUUGCUAGUCGAGUACUAUGGAAGUCAUGCUGAAUGGCUCAACGAGCUCAUUGAGCGAAACGAGCUUAAAGAAUUCCGACUUCACGAGUACCCUGCAAUCAAGCAGCUGAGGAAUUUCCCGGUGUCUAGGUCAAUCGCUGAGGACCACAGGCAAACCGCGUUCUUCGGGGUGCCACCGAUCAAAUGCACUGCAGCUGAUACAUCGCCGAAAGAAGUGGAAUUGUUCAAGAAGAGCGUGCGCGGAGCGAUUCAAGGCGCCAUUCGAUUGGACAUCUCCAUUGAGAGGCUUGUUGCCGGUAUCACUGGCAAGGAAGCUCGGAGCGGUGUGGAAGAGUUCCUCAACUCGCAGUCGAUCGCCUGUGCAAUCACGAUAGUCAAGCACUUCGGCGCGGUCUUCGCCACAUGCCGCGAGAAGCCGCUGUGCUACUAUGCACGAUGGUCGAUCCACUGUCAGCGCGCAUACCGAGUCUGCCUGUCGCGCGGCUAUCUCUCCCCCUUUUACACAGGAGGGACCAUCGAUUAUACCGUCGACUCAGACAUGGUCGAGAAAAUUCGGCUUGCGCAUCUGCCAUUGCAGAACGCCAAUCUGGCGAUGAGAAGGCAAAUUCGACUUUCCACCGAGUUCGGAACGUUGGAUGAGUUCCGUGCCACUAUCACGGACACGCAAAAGUAUCAGCGAUACAUGCGUGUCGAUAGUGAAAGCCUUUCCGCGCUCCUUGCCAAGGUUACCCUCACGACGUGCUACGGCAUUCCGAUAAAAGGUGAACCUGGCUACAUCUCUGACGAUGAAGCAGAGGAGAUCGAAGGAACUGCGGCGGCAACUGAGAAGCCCAAAGGGAAAGGAAAAGGGGAAGAAGAAGAACCCGAUGUCCAAGCCAUCAAUUGGCGUGAUUUGGACCCUUUGGGGCGGAAGUUCAUCCCGCACCAUACCGAAUUCAAGGAGUUCAUUCGCGAUCACUCUGUCAAGAUUAAGGAAUGUUUCGACGAUGAUCGCGCGACUGAGAAGACGUUCUUCAAUCUUGUUGAAGGCGUAAAGGAUCAGCUCCCCGAUACUAAGAGAACUGACCCUGUUCUUAUGAAAAAGAACGAAGAUGUCUUCGAGGCUCUACCCGAUGAACUAGAAGAGCCUCAAGAUCUAUUCGACGUCGCAGCUCAGCGGGCACGACGACGUGCUGAUGCGCCUCAGCGCAGAGUACAGGCCACUGAGCAACGGCACGCAUCGAUCCCCGAAGCUCAUGCCGUCCCCGUUCCUCCGGAUGACGAGGACGAGGAUGAUACUGAGCUCGAACGGGCGAUCCGACCCGGCCCGAAGUCACAACGCACUGGGCGAGAGCAUCUCGGAGGUGUCGCUCCUGAGACGAACCCGCCUCCGCCUCGCGAGAUGCCGCCUCCGUCUAACCCACCGAGUCGGAAGACGUCGAGGCAAUCGGGCUACAAUGUUCCCCACGCUGAAGGGGAGACACUGAUGGUCUCAGGAAGGGCACCCUACUCCGAUCAAAUGGGUCUACCCUUGGUACUGCGAAUGAAGACCCGGGUUCCGGAGCCUGAUUUGGACAACCCGACGAUUGAAGAUAUUAUUCGCAUGUAUCACGCACCGAACACGCUGCCUGUUGUCAGGAAGAAAGUCGCCAAUGUCAUCAUUUCGAUGAAUGCAAAUCCCGAUGACCCUAUCAAUAUGAAGGCGGCUGGCGUAGUUCCUCCCUCUGCCGAGGAAACAGGAGCGGGAAGAGCUGCCUCGCCUGGAGGCACUUCCGCUACUACGCAGGAACGGAUUAACCCCAAGUUCCCUGCACCAAAUACUCGCACCGCUUCGAACCCACCUUCGAAAUCAGCCCGCGACGAGAAAUGGGCUCCUUCGAUUGUGCGGCCAACUCCUGGUCGGGUAGUGCAGAGGCGCGAGGGCGUACACAACAGCGUGUUGCUGAGACUGCGGAUCCCGCACCUCCAGCUCCAUCCGAUUCCGCUUCGACUGAGCCACGAUCUCGCACGAUGGGCCCGGCCAAAGAAACAACGGCCAAGGGCAAAUCCCGAACUGGCUCAAACGUGA